UGAUGCCAAUUGGUGGAAAGGGGAAAACCACAGAGGAAUAGGACUCUUCCCAUCUAAUUUUGUAACAGCUAAUUUAAAUGUAGAGUCUGAGGCAGGAGCUGUGGACAAAUUGAAUGUAGUUGAUGAUGAUGUGGAGGAAAUUAAGACAUCAGAGCCUGAGCCUGUUUACAUAGAUGAGGAUAAAAUGAAUAGAGCCCUGCAGGUACUGCAGAGUAUAGACCCAGCAGAUCCAAAACCAGACUCCCAAGACCUCUUGGACUUGGAAGAUAUCUGCCAGCAGAUGGGCCCAGUGAUAGAUGAAAAACUUGAAGAGAUUGACAGGAAGCAUUCAGAAUUGUCUGAAUUGAAUGUAAAAGUCUUGGAAGCUCUGGAACUCUAUAACAAAUUGGUGAAUGAAGCACCAGUCUAUUCAGUCUAUUCAAAGCUCCACCCUCCAGCACAUUAUCCGUCUGCAUCAGCUGGGGUUCCAUUGCAGACAUAUCCAGUUCAAUCACAUGGUGGAAACUACCUGGGUCAAAGCAUUCACCAAGUAACUGUUGCCCAAAGCUACAACUUGGGGCCAGAUCAUAUUGGCUCACUGAGAUCGCUGCCUCCAAAUGUGAACUCCUCAGUAACAACACAGACUGCUCAAACUCCGUAUUUAAGCACUGGACAAGAUGCUGUUUCCAGUCCUGCCUACAUGAACCACAGCUCUAGUCUUCAAGCAGCUACUGGUACAGCUGCUUACACACAGCAGACGGGGAUGUCUGUGGAUCCGUCCUCUUACCAGAACACUACUUCCAGCUUGCCACAGCUGGCGGGUUUUGCCAUGGCAGUUCCAGCCCAUUCGGUGGCUCAGCAGGCAGGCUACCAGCAGCCUCUGCUUUAGAGACAGACAAGCAACCCUGGUGAUCUAACCUAAAGUUUAAAAGAAAACUUUGUUGCCUCUCAACUCAAAAGAACCAUGAAUAAAUAAAGCACAAAAACCUAUCUUACUCUGAAGGCCAUAAAAGCUUUAUUCAGUCCAGUUUGUUUGAAGUCAGUCUUCCUAUCAGAGGCAGGUUAGGGAUGAUUCCAGACAGCUUCGUCGUACUCUCAAAUCUCUACAUAAAUUUGGAAACUCAAUAGUAGCUUUAUGACACUAAAUAGUGUGAGAUAGGAGUGUAAAAGUUUUACUUUAAAGUAGCUAUUGUUUUCCCCUAAAAUGUGGUUUCAGGAUCACUGAAGACCUUUAAAUAUUUUUUUGUCUGCCUCCUUUUCUCAGUUUCCCACAUGCUAUUAUUUUAAAAGGCGAACAUCUUUUUGUGUAAGCAUUUAGCUUGCCAACAUAUUUCCUUUUGGCUCCUUAAAUUGCAGUUGUGUUUUCAGUACUGUCAGUUUUGCUCUCAGUGUUAUGUUGAGUAAUAAUUAGCAUAUAAUUGUCUACAGAAACAAGAGCAAUUUGGAAGGAACAGAAAUGUUUUCUGUUAUUACUAGUGAAAACCAUGUAAAUGCAGAUGUGUGAGAAAGCAUUCAGCCAGUCCCUUUUAACAGCACCACCAGCAGUGGUCUCAGGAGUGCCCCACUAAACAUUUCCAUUCCCUGAAGAAAGACAGUUCCUUUUGUACAAGACUCCCUGGUAUUUAGAAUUGCCACUAAUGACCUUUUUAGUUGACUUUGACCAUUGUCUAAUGAAGAUGGGGUCCAUGUGUUUUCCUUCCUGCAAUGGUGUGCACAGAUGGCUACAUUUCCUUUUUAUGGGUUAUAUGUGAAUUUGAGUCAUGAGACAUUCUUUUGAUGUGAUAUAAA